AUGAUUCGUGACCAAAUUAUUAUACGUACACCUCACGAUGCAGUGCGCACGGCUGCGUUCCAAAAGCCCCAGCCGACACUUGCUGAUGUUUUGCAGAUUGCAGAAUUUUGGUACAUAAAAAAGCCGGGUGUUUUCAACAAUAACAAUAAUAAAGUAAAAUUCAAAUCAUGUUCUGGCUGUGGAAACUCUCAUGCAAGAGAAAACUGUAAAUUUAGAAAUGCUGUAUGCAAUAGAUGUAGCAAAAUUGGACAUAUUGCGCCAGUGUGCAUGUCAAAACAAAACAAGAACAACAAACGUAGUUCAGGUGAUGAAAACAAGAAGAAGGAUUAUCGUCGUAAAAGUCACAACAUUGGUACUGUUGAAACAAUUAACAGUUUAACAGGUAUUGUAAAAACUGAAAGCAAUAAGAAUUACAUUGACUUGGAAAUUUGUAAUAAAAUUGUGUCUUUCCAAAUGGAUUCUGGUGCAACAGUUUCUCUAAUAAAUAAGCGAACAUUCAAAACUCUAAAUUGCCCAAAGUUGCGAAAUUGUACAAAAACCUUAUUUGGUUUUGGCAAAAAUGAAAUUCCAGUGCUUGGUGAACUUUGCGUAGAUAUCAAAUGUGGCGGAAAAAAAAGGGAAGUGGUAAUCGUUGUCGUGGAUGUCGAAAACUGUAACAAUUUAUUCGGUUUCGAUUUAUUUAAAGAAUUCGGCCGACAAAUUCCAUUUUCGCAAAUGUCACGUUUCAAGAAAGAAGUCGAUCGAUUGACAAAUGCGGGUAUUUGGAAACCUGUGAAGUUUUCCCAAUGGGCUUCGCCUAUUGUACUAGCGCCAAAAGCUGAUGGUUCCAUAAGAAUUUGUGGAGAUUUUAAACAAGCAGUCAAUGCGCAAAUUGACAUUGAACAAUAUCCUUUACCCAUACGCGAAAGUCUUUUCCAUAAAAUUAAUUGCGGUCAACAUUUUACAAAAAUCGACCUUAAGGACGCGUAUUUACAAAUGGAACUCGACGAUGAAGCAAAAACAAUAAUGGUUGUCAACACUCCACUUGGUUUAUUCCAAUACCAACGUUUACCGUUUGGGAUUGCAAGCGCUCCAGCUAUAUUCCAAAGAUAUCUUGAGCAGUUACUUCAAGGCGUAGAAGGUUGCGGAAAUUAUCUCGAUGACAUCAUCAUCUCCGCACCUACAUUUCAACAACACAUCAGCCGCCUAGAACAAGUACUUCGUAUUUUGCAACAAAAUGGUAUAUUGCCAGAUGAGUCAGGACUAAAAGCAGUAAAAAACCUGCAGCCGCCUAAAGAUCUAAAGCAAGCAGAAGCAUUCAUGGGUAAGGUAAACUAUUACCAUAAUUUUAUACCUAAUUUUUCGCAAUUAUCCGCGCCAAUCAACAUGCUGCGCCGAAAAAAUGUAAAAUUCACAUGGGGUACAGCACAACAACAAGCAUUUAUAGCUCUUAAAACGCAUAUUCUCAAUGCAGCGCAAUUAGCACAUUAUCAGGAAGAUUUACCGUUGGUUCUAGCUACAGAUGCCUCCUCCUAUGGCAUAGGAGUUGUGCUCUCGCAUACGUACUUUGACGGUACAGAAAGGCCUAUUGCUUUUGCAUCUAAAACUCUCGACAUUCAUCAACGACGAUAUAGUCAGAUAGAGAAGGAAGGGCUAGCUAUCGUUUUUGGAGUCAAGCGUUUCCAUCAAUAUUUAUACGGAAGAAGAUUCACCUUGGUUACUGACCACAAACCUCUUGUUAGCAUUUUUAAUCCAAUUCAUCAGUUGCCGUCGAUGACGUCACAUCGUUUACAGCGAUGGGCUAUUAUACUAAUGGCUUAUCAGUAUGAUGUUCGGUAUCGUAAAACUACUGAGCAUGGAUAUGCCGAUGCUUUAUCUCGUUUACCUGUUGGUGAAGAUAAAACUUUUGAUCAUGAAGAAUCCUGUUUCAACAUCAAUGAACUUAACACACCUAUCGACGCUGAAAUAAUUCGUCAGCAUGCCAAAAAUGACCCAAUUCUUCGCCGAGUUUAUUUUCUCGUUACAAACGGUUGGCCUGAAAAGCUAAUGCCUCAAGAUGCUGAUCUUCGAUCAUUUUUCAAUCAUCGCUUUGCUUUAAUACUAAACAACAAUUUACUUUGCCUCCAGACGGAGUACAACCGGGUUGUCAUUCCAGCCUCCCUUAAGCAGAAAGUGCUUAAACUUCUUCAUGAUGGUCAUUGGGGAGUAUCGAGAAUGAAACAGCUAGCUCGACAACAUGUCUGGUGGACUAAUAUUGACAAAGACAUCGCACAAUUAACUGAAAAUUGUGAUGUGUGCAAAAUUGCAAAUCCUGUUCACGCACGUGAAUACGUAAGCUGGCCUGAAGCUGAUCGACCUUGGGAGAGAGUACAUAUCGACUUUGCUGGUCCAUUUUGUAAUUCAAUGUGGCUAAUUUGUGUCGACGCUUUCUCGCAAUUUCCGUUCGUUGUACAACUAUCUACAACAACAACGGUUGACACCAUAUCAGCAUUGUCUUCUAUAUUUUCUCUGGAAGGUAUACCAGAAACCAUCGUAAGUGACAAUGGUCCGCAAUUUACAGCUGAAGCAUUCAAACAUUUUUGCUCAAAACUUGGCAUCAAACAUAUAACAACAGCGCCGUUUCAUCCAGCCUCAAACGGGUUAGCCGAACGAUUCGUCAGAUCUUUUAAAACUGCUGUUAAGAAAAACAUUGACGAUGGAUUGUCUCUCAAAUUCGCUGUAUCAAAAUAUCUUGCAACAUAUCGUGCAAUGCCGAAUGCUGAAGGUAAAUCACCUGCAGAACUUCUACAUGGAAGGCCUGUUCGUACCUUGUUGAGUCAACUGUUUGAAUCGCCUAGGAAGCACCUUGAAGCUUCGAAACGGAAAAUGAAAUUCAGUCUAAAGCAACCCAUCUUCGCUCGAAACUACGCAAGAGGGGAAAAAUGGAUAAAAGGAGUUAUUGUGAAACAACUUGGUAAAAUGGUUUACCGAGUGAACACAUCUUUUGGUUACAUCAAACGUCAUGUUAAUCAGCUUAAAACUAGUAGUAGCUCUGACCUCUCUUCACAACCAAUUUUUGAAUUCGCUCCAAAUUUCAUCAAUGCCACACCGCCUUCAUCUAGCCAAUCAACAUUAAUGCCUAGUGAAGAACGUUCUACCGAAGUAGUUCAACUUCGAAAAAGUGGUCGUAUUCGGAAGGAUGUAAUUCGAUUUGAAUCCGACGAUUUCAGGAAAACAAACUUUGUCAAAAAUUAA